GUGACGCGUUGCUUGUCCUCAACCACAACUACUCAAGAUGUCCUCCACAGAAUCAAACCCGCCUCCGCCCCCAAACAACAACCCAGAGAAGCAGCCAGAGUCUGACCAGCCCGCGUCUUCUGCACCAGCACACACCACUCCUGAUGGCGGCGCAAUGGACACCACCCCAGAUCGUCCUCCAGAGGACAACUGGGACGACAUCCCUCCGGAAAUAAUGGCCUUGGGGACAGACGAGAUGCUGACAAGAAUACGACUCAUCGAGAACGACAUCAAGGUCAUGAAGUCAGAGACUCUUAGACUACAGCAUGAGCAGAGCGUCAUGAAGGAGAAGAUUCGCGAUAACGGGGAGAAAAUCAAACAAAACAAGGUCCUCCCUUACCUCGUGGGCAACGUUGUGGAGAUACUAGAAGUGGAUCCCGAAGGCGAAGACGACGGUGCGAACAGAGAUCUGGACUCGAUGCGCAAAGGGAAGUGUGCGGUCGUGAAAACCUCGACGCGACAAACCGUGUUCCUUCCCCUCAUCGGUCUCGUUCCUCCAGAACAGCUCAAACCUGCCGACCUUGUUGGUGUAAAUAAGGACUCUUAUCUCAUUCUGGACCAACUGCCCACAGAAUUCGACUCGCGCGUAAAGGCAAUGGAAGUCGAUGAACGGCCAACGGAGACAUAUACAGACAUUGGUGGUUUGGAGAAACAGAUCGAGGAGCUUGUCGAGGCUAUCGUUUUGCCAAUGGAACAAGCAGAUAAAUUCAAGACCCUGGGUAUAAAGCCACCCAAAGGUUGUCUCAUGUACGGUCCACCAGGUACCGGCAAGACGCUUCUCGCCCGAGCCUGUGCCGCACAAACGAAGGCUUGCUACCUGAAACUAGCGGGACCCUCGCUAGUGCAGAUGUUCAUCGGUGACGGCGCCAAGCUAGUGCGCGACGCCUUCGAGUUGGCAAAGGAAAAGGCACCCGCUAUAAUAUUUAUUGACGAACUCGACGCCAUCGGUACGAAGCGGUUCGAUUCCGAGAAAAGUGGUGACCGUGAAGUACAACGAACAAUGCUGGAGCUUCUCAAUCAACUUGAUGGUUUCUCCAGUGAUGAGCGUAUCAAGGUCAUCGCAGCUACAAAUCGAAUCGAUAUCCUUGAUCCUGCACUACUUCGUUCGGGGCGUUUAGAUCGCAAGAUCGAAUUUCCCCUUCCGAACGAGACUGCUAGAGCCCGUAUUCUCGAAAUCCAUUCGCGUAAAAUGACCGUCAGUCCCGAUGUCAAUUACGAGGAACUUGCCCGCAGUUCGGAUGAGUUCAACGGAGCACAGCUUAAGGCUACGUGCGUGGAGGCUGGUAUGAUCGCUCUCAGGGAGGGUGCUAUGAAGGUAACCCACGAACACUUCUUGAGUGGGAUUGCAGAGGUGCAAAGCAAGAAGAAGAACGACCUUAUGUAUUUCGCGUAGUUCUAGUCCUUUCACGGUGAUUCUUUCUCGCUUUGCCCGAAUGCGAUUCACAUUGUGCGUGAAAGUUGAGAUGGUGAAUUUACACGGGCAACCACUAGCU